ACAUCAGGCAUCCAGAGGAGCUGUCCCUUUUGAGAAAACCCAGAGAUCCGUCAAAGAAAAAAAAGAAGAAGUUGGAUGAUCAAUGUGAAGACGACGCCUUCGAGCUGGAGGGUCCGCUGAUCACGCCGGGGUCCGGAAACAUAUAUUCGAGCCCAGGACUGUAUAGCAAAACGAUGACGCCGACCUACGACGCUCACGACGGCAGUCCCCUGUCACCCACUUCGGCCUGGUUCGGUGACAGCGCGUUGUCGGAGGGCAACCCGGGCAUCCUGGCCGUCAGCCAGCCCGUCACCUCCCCGGAGUCCUUAGCAAAAAUGUACAAGCCACAGGCGCUGCUUGAUAAAGCCAAAAUCAACCAAGGAUGGCUGGAUUCUUCCCGAUCUCUUAUGGAGCAGGAGGUGAAAGAAAACGAAGCUUUGCUGCUCCGGUUCAAGUACUACAGCUUUUUUGACCUGAAUCCAAAGUACGACGCGAUCAGGAUCAACCAGCUGUACGAGCAGUCCAAAUGGGCUAUUCUGCUGGAGGAGAUCGAGUGCACGGAGGAAGAAAUGAUGAUGUUUGCAGCGCUGCAGUACCACAUCAAUAAGCUGUCCGUCAUGUCCUCGGAAAACCACCUGAACAACAGCGACAAGGAGGUGGAUGAGGUGGACGCUGCGCUCUCGGAUCUGGAAAUCACUUUGGAGGGCGGCAAAACGUCGACGAUCCUGGGUGACAUCACUUCCAUCCCGGAGCUCGCCGACUACAUUAAAGUCUUCAAGCCCAAGAAGCUGACGUUGAAAGGCUACAAGCCGUAUUGGUGCACCUUCAAAGAUACCUCUAUCUCCUGCUAUAAAAGCAAAGAGGAAUCCAACGGGACUCCCGCACACCAGAUGAACCUGAGAGGAUGUGAAGUUACCCCCGACGUGAACAUCUCUGGUCAGAAGUUUAACAUCAAACUGCUCAUUCCGGUAGCGGAGGGAAUGAAUGAAAUCUGGCUUCGCUGCGAUAACGAGACGCAGUACGCCAGCUGGAUGGCCGCCUGCCGCCUGGCCUCCAAGGGCAAGACGAUGGCCGACAGCUCCUACGGCAUGGAAGUCCAGAACAUCCUCUCCUUCCUGAAAAUGCAGCAUCUGAACCCAGACCCGCAGCUGAUCCCGGAACAAAUCACCACCGACAUUAAUCCCGAGUGUCUGGUUUCUCCUCGCUACCUGAAAAAAUACAAGAACAAGCAGCCAGGCUAUGUAAGAGACUUG